GGGCGGAAGUAGCGGAGCCCGGCCUAGGCCCCCUUAAAGGGACAAGGACGGCUGUAACCUUCGGCGCCUGCGGGCGAAGGGUGAAGCGGCCGAGGCAGGGCUCGUCAUGACCAAACGGCUGCAGGCUCGAAGGCUGGACGGGAUCGACCACAACCCAUGGUAGCCACUAGGCAGGGACAGAAGAAAGGGGCCAGAGAUGGCAGAUGGCAGUCCCCAGUCUGUCCAGGGUAAUCGUCAAGAGCAGAACUGGUGCUUCAGACAGAUAUGGACUCAAAGGCUGGCAGCGCUAACUGGGAGACGUUGGGCAAGUCGCCCGAACCCCAGCUUCUCCAUCCCCGCUGUGAUCAAGGAGCAGAACAUGCCUCAUAGACUAUCAGAGAUGAUGGUGGAGUUUGUCAAACUGGCCAGUGAGUCUGAUGUCGUGAACUUGGGCCAAGGCUUCCCAGACUUCCCACCCCCAGACUUCGCCGUGGAAGCCUUUCAGCACGCCGUCAGUGGGGACUUCAUGCUCAACCAGUACACAAAGGCAUUUGGUUACCCACCCCUGACGAAGAUCCUGGCCAGUUUCUUCGGGAAGUUGCUGGGACAGGACAUAGACCCGCUCAAGAACGUGCUGGUGACUGUGGGUGCCUAUGGGGCCCUGUUCACAGCCUUCCAGGCCCUGGUGGACGAAGGAGACGAGGUCAUCAUCAUCGAGCCCUUUUUUGACUGUUAUGAACCCAUGACAUUGAUGGCAGGGGGUCGCCCUGUGUUUGUGUCCCUGAAGCCGAGACCCAAGCAGGACGGGGAACUGGAUUCCAGCAGCAACUGGCAGCUGGACCCCACGGAGCUGGCCAGCAAGUUCACGUCUCGCACCAAAGCCCUUAUCCUCAACACACCCAACAACCCCCUGGGAAAGGUGUUCUCCAGGGCAGAACUGGAGCUGGUGGCCAGCCUGUGCCAGCAGCAUGACGUGGUGUGUAUCACCGACGAGGUCUACCAGUGGCUGGUCUACGACGGGUGCCAGCACAUCAGCAUCGCCAGCCUCCCUGGCAUGUGGGAACGCACCCUGACCAUUGGCAGCGCUGGCAAGACCUUUAGUGCCACAGGCUGGAAGGUGGGCUGGGUCCUAGGCCCGGACAGGCUCCUGAAGCACCUGCGCACUGUGCACCAGAACUCCAUCUUCCACUGUCCCACACAGGGCCAGGUUGCAGUAGCCCAGAGCUUUGAGCGGGAGCAGCUGCACUUCGGCCAACCCAGCAGCUACUUUGUGCAGCUCCCACAGGCCAUACAGCGCUGCCGUGACCACAUGAUACAAAGCCUGCAGUCUGUAGGCCUGAGGCCCGUGAUCCCCCAGGGCGGCUACUUCCUCAUCACAGACAUCUCGGAAUUCAAGACCAAAAUGCCCAACUUGCCUGGAGCUGCAGAUGAGCCUUAUGACAGACGCUUCGUCAAGUGGAUGAUCAAGAACAAGGGCUUGAUGGCCAUCCCGGUCUCCAUCUUCUGCAGCGUGCCACAUCAAAAGCUCUUUGACCACUAUAUCCGCUUCUGUUUCAUGAAGGAUGAAUCCACGCUCCAGGCCAUGGACGAGAAGCUACAGAAGUGGAAUGAUGAGCUCAGGCCCUGACAUCACCCCCUGGGCCCUGCAUUGCCUGGUCCCUGCACACUCUGCAGGGCUCUAUCUUUGUCCAGGUUUCAGCCAUUCCCAGGUUGGGGGUAGAUGGUACUGGAGGAUCUCUUCUCUGUAACACAGAAUAACCUCAGGGAAGAGCCCCCCUUUUGGUCUUGGGGGAGUCAGGAGCACUUCCCCAUGGUGCAUAGCUAUGUUCCUGUUGCAGAGGUGAAGGAGGCCUGACCGGGGCCUCUCCCUGGUCCUCCCUGUGCUGGGCUAUAUGGUCUUGGGACCCUCUGGCCUCCCCAGACUCAGCUGGGACUCAGAGGGCAGAGUUCAAUAGUGUACUGGCCUUGGGUCUCAGCCCUGGCCCCAGCCUUGCACUGGCCCCAGCCAGGCCUCAGGCAUCCCUCCCUUCCCUUAUCUAAGCUUGAUUUUGGAAAGUUGCCCUUAGGCUUGACUCUUCAGGCCAGUACUUCUGCCCAUA